AUGAUAUCACCAAACAUCACACCAUCUACCACGCCACCACACAUUGUGCCGAACAUCACGCUGCACACAACUUCGCACACCAUACCAAAUACCACGCCGCACAUUAUACCAAAUACCACACCUGCUGCCACCUCGCCGCUCACUGCUGCAACCACUCCGCCCGCCACUGCAACCACGCCGCCCGUUACUGCGCCCACCACACCGUCUGCUACCACUGCACCACCACCUACUGCUAUCUCUACACCGCCUGCUGCCGGUGCUGUCACCACCACACCACCUACUGCUACCACUGAUAAAAAUAAAAAGUUAGAAAAAGUAUUGCGAAUUAUAAAUGAACUCAGGGGCGAUGAUCAAAUGAUGGAUAUUGAUGAAGUGUCAGAUACUAGAAUAGAAGAAGCACCUCCCCUGGUACAGCUAUAUAUUAAUGCAAACCGUGCUGUCAGACGUGCAAGUGAGGGAAAUCAAUUAGAAAUAAGAAGCUGGUAUCAAUAUGCAGAGGGGUUUGAAAGAAAAGUAAAUCAAAUUUUAAGCAAUAGUCGAGUCGCUCUAAAGACAGCAAAGACGACUGUCUAUAAGGAAAUCCGUAAACAUCUUCCUUCGAGAUAUUGGGGGAUAAGCAAGAUUGAUCAAAUCAGAUCGUUCACUGCUAACCAACUUUCUAAACUUACUCCGCAACAAAUUGAGAUUAUCAAAGCGGGA